GACCGGUCUCAUCGGUUUUGAUAGAAUUUGCAACCAAACACCGCGAAUUCAAUUUCUAAAGGUCGUCCCAGUUUCCCUCCCUCGCUUUCUUGCUUUCUCAAGGUCGUCCCAGUUUCCAGCGCAGAAAUCCCUCGGGAUGGCGUCAACAUCCGCUCCCCGACCUUCGCUCAGUUCUGCGGCGUCGAGAAUUGCAAGCGCCGCCUCCAACCUUUCUUCCGAUAACCAAACCCUAAUAGCGGAAAUUCGAAAAUCCCUUGGUAUAAUCAAGGGCAUCGCGGUCGAUUUGGAGAGGGCGCAGCGGUCUGACAAGGUGAAAGAGUUGGAAAAUACUGUCCUUGAGUUGCUGGAAUCCUACGAUGACUGCACCAAUUUGUCUGAAGCAAUCAAUAAUGUUGGUAAUAAUUACCAGCCUUCUGCCCAGCCUACUGAUUUUCGUAAACUGUUGGAGGAUGAGAUUGCGACACUUAAGGCAGAAUCGUCUUUUGUUCCUCAGAAGAGUCCUUUGUAUCGCCAGUUCAAGGAAGCCAUAUGGAAUGUUCACCAUGAGGGUCAACCAAUGCCCGGUGAAGAGCAGGAAGAUAUUGUCAUGACCAGUACUCAGAAUGUGUUGUUAAAUAUGACUUGUCCGUUAACUGGAAAACCAAUUGUUGAACUUCAAAAUCCUGUCCGAUGUGUGGACUGCAAGCACAUAUAUGAGAAGGAUCCAAUAAUGCAUUAUAUUAGAACUAAACCGCAAGCUCUAUGUCCUGUUGCAGGGUGUCCAAAGUCCUUGCGAGAAGGAAGAGUGAUCUGUGAUCCCUUACUUCGCAUUGAAAUAGAUGAAAUUCGUGCAGCUUCAAGAUCAAAUGCAGUUACUAAUGUUGAGGAUUACACUGAAAUUAAUGAUGAUUUAGAUUGAAAUGCGAGCCAUUAAUGAUCGUAAUCUAAGCUGUCCGAAUUGUUGUUUGAAUGCUGUGAAAUUAUUGUUCAACUAUGAUUAAUUUUCUUUUAA